AUGACAAAACGAAAAACAAUUUUUGCACGUUUCAUUGUCCAUACCGGUGUGAGAAUCAUAGAAAGCGUUUUCCUUCAAUAAAUAUUUCUAGAAAAUUCUAAACAAUUUAUUGAAAAAAAAAUUACAAAAAAGAUUAAUUAAAAUAUAAACAAAAUGUCCAGCCAAGAAGAACAAUACGACAAUAUUUUAUUGGCCAUGGCCCAAAAACAUCCAGGUGGUAUGCCCGAUUUCCUUAAAACUUUUGCUGGUUUCUUGAGGCGUAGAAGUGAUUUUUAUGUGGGCGAUUGGGAGAAACUUAUUAUGGACAUUUUACGCAAAGAAGCUGAAGUGGCCAUGGGAGAACACAAAGAAAAAAUGAAAAAGCAAGAAGAGGCACAGAAACUAAAAGAAGAAAAAGAACGUCAACAAAGAGCUGCCCGUGAAAAAGAAAUGUCUGAAAGUAAAAUUUGUGAUAUUACAGAUGAGGAAGCUGCUCAAAUUAUCAAGGAGGAAGAGAACAAAAAGCGCCAGAAACUUUUACAAGAAGCUGCCACCGCUGACGGUGCUGCUCCUGUAGUUAUUGAGGAAGAGAAAUCUAAGCCUAUCGAUAAAGUAGAUGAUGACUCUGAAAAGAGUGAAGUUGGUAAAUUGUUACCAAAUUCCGGUAACGGUUGCACACUCGACAAGUACAUGUGGACACAAACAUUGGGUGAAGUAGAGCUUAAAAUACCAUUUAAUGUAACAUUCAAUUUGAGAGCUCGUGACUUGGUGGUGGACAUACAAAAGAGAACACUCAAGGUGGGCCUUAAAGGUCAAGAGCCCAUUAUCAAUGGUCAAUUGUGUGCCGAGGUUAAGGUGGAGGAAUGUCUUUGGGUAUUGCAAGACAGUAAAACUGUACAAAUUACAUUGGAAAAGAUUAAUAAAAUGAACUGGUGGGAUCGUUUGGUUAUGACUGAUCCACCAAUUUCUACCCGCAAGAUCAAUCCUGAACCUUCAAAACUUUCCGAUUUGGAGGGUGAAACCAGAAGUUUAGUUGAGAAAAUGAUGUAUGAUCAGCGUCAAAAGGAAAUGGGACUACCCACCAGUGAUGAUCAAAAGAAACAGGAUAUUUUGAAAAAAUUCCAACAACAACAUCCUGAAUUGGAUUUCUCCAAGUGCAAAUUUAAUUAGUAAAUGUCCAAAAGGAUCAUCAUUUGAUAUAUAUGUAUGCACUUCCUUACAACACCGCCUUUGCAGUGACUACCAAACUACAAAUACAACAGCAUUCUUUUUUUAACCUUUAAUUCUCCCUUCUUUGUAUUGUAUUUUUAUUAUUUUUUACAAAAAAAAUAUUUCUUUUUUUAACAUUAUCAUUUAUAAUAAUAAUAAUUUAUAAACCUUUU